AUGGACUACGGGACACCCAACUUGGGCCAGCCGAGCGCAUCGCGGCGUUCCAGCCACGGCUUCGUCGAUGCCGACCCGAGGCCGCCGAGCAACCGAAGCUCGCGAUCCUCGAUGGCAUCGACCUCGUCCGCCGCCCACAGCCACCAGCAGCAGCACCGCCUCUUCUCGCCCGACGACUUCAAACGAGCCAAGGCCCACCUCGUCCUCGGGCCUCGCGCUCGCCUCAACACCACCAUCCUCGACUCGCCCGACAUCCGCCGAUUCACCUUGCCCUCGCCCACGUCGGCCGAAGCCAGCCUGCCGGCCGUAGAGCACCAAGCGCGGGACAGUGCGGACGACGGCUCCGCUGCAGGCCUCGACAAGGCAGCACCGGCGACACCAGGUAGACCCGUCGGUCGGGAUCGGCCAUCGUCGUUGCUGACCCUGCCGCAGCAGCUCGAGACCGCCGACAGCACGGCGAGCAAAGCCACCUUCGGACCCCGUUCGGGGAGCACCGCCAUGUCUCCCGGCCGGCCCACUUCGACCAUUCGCGACUCGGUCGAUGGCACCGCCAACGAAAUCGUCGCCGGCCACGGCGACGGCGUCUCGCCCUCUCGCUCCGAGUAUGCCGAGGAGCUCGACGCUACCAGCGAGCCCGACGCCAGCCGGGGCGCCAGCAUCGACCUGCCCAGCGCGCUGCGGCCCAAGAGCGCCGUGUUUGAGCCCGACGCCGGCCGGCCCGGGCUCGAGAGCGGGCCGCAGCCGUCGUGCGUGAUCCCGGACCGCACCACGUCGCUACCGCCCUCGUCGCUCGUCCUCGCCGCGCUGCCCAAGGAUGGGGCGUCGCGCCGCCUCAGCUCCGCCGUGCUGCUGGCCGCCGGGCCGUCGCGCGACCUCGACCGGGCCGCAGGGACGGCGACCGCUCCAGCGAAGGCGGAGGCGCGCGGUGGCGAGAGGCUGUCGCAGUGGUCCGUGUUGACCGCCGGAUGCCUCUCGAGCCACACGGCUUCGGUCGAUGGCCCCGCUUCCGGCAGCCUGAGCCCGGUGAGCAUGCAGAUGAGCCUCGAGAGCUGCCGGGCGCCGCUGCUGCCCGAGUCGCACAGGUCCCACACCGCCACAGACGUCGCAACGACGGCCGCAAAGACGAACGGCGGCCAUCGCAAGACGGCCUCGGCUUCGAGGCGGCGGUCAACGAUCGUGGUCCUGCCGAGACCUUCGACCUGCAACGAGCUGACCGCCGAGCAGCGGCGCGACCAGGUGCGACGCAUGCGGAAACUCGCCCACCUCCUCGGCGAAGAGUCGCUGCAGGCCGUAUGCUGGGACGCCCAGCCCAAGAACAGCAGCGGCGGCGGCGAGGUAGGCGGGGGCGGCGGAGGCGGUAACAGCAAAGCAUCUACGGUGGCUGCUCGGUCGACGACGGUGCGCAAGUCGAACCCGUUCCCGCGCCUGCGACGCAGAGGCAGCGUCGACUCCAACAUGGACAAGGUGCGGCCGUUGCAAGGCCACCAUCACCACCAUCAUCAUCACCACCACCACCACGGCACCGACUUUCGCCGGCCAUCGACCACGUCGUCGCUUCCGCUGCUGCACGCUCCCGAGGGCGCGCCAGGGGCUGGCGUUCGGAACGUCGCUGGUCCUCACGCUUCCAACCAGGGGCAUGAAGGGCCGAGUCGCGCCGCUCAACGAGACUCUGUCUACAUCAUCGCGAGUCCAGCCACCGCCCAGGACCUCGUCAGCCCCAAGGCCGCCAGCAUCCUUGGUAUCCAUCACCCCUUUGCAGGCGCUGCCUCUGCGAGCGGCGCACCGUCACGCGGCGCUCGGGCCGGGCUGCCGGUGUCUGACGAGGUCAGCCUGGCCAGCGUCGAGAUUGCCCGCGCGCGCGACUUCGACUUCGACGACGAGGGCGACCGAGGUGACGAACGGCAGAUGUCCGACGGCGAUGACGAGGCGACGCCGCGGCUGAUGUCGAUCGAGUCCGGCGGCUUUGUCGUGGUCCAGCCGGACUCCCUCGGCGGGUCCUACGAUACGGCCGCCACCAGGGUCCGCCAGCUCGCAGACGGCGAUCGGGAGGAAGACGAUGCCGGCGCCGCUGUCGUCGAGUCGUCGCGGGAAGCGCGUCGGCGCAAGCUGGUCAAGAUGUCGAGAUGGCUUGGCGAGACGGUGCCCGUCGACCUCGUGGCACCCGGCGCGACCCGCCAGCAGCGUCGGGAAGCCGCCUUCGACAGCCAGCCGCCGGCGACCAGCCCGCGCGCUGAGGGGUCUGGUCCACCAGCGCAGCCCGCAUCUGCGGUCGACGCCCAAGCGCGACGCCUGGCCAAGCUCGACAAGAUCUUUGGCGCCAAGCCGCCUGCCGACCUCGUCUCCGCCCGAGCAAGUGCGCCCUCCGAGGCGCGAUUCGAGGCGCGACGAUCGCCGCUCGCCAACAACGUCAGACGACCGGCUCCUCCACCGUUGCUGCUGUCGGUGGCGUCCAAGUCGGCCAGCAGCCUGUCGGACGACCAGGACGCCUACGACGACCCAUGGACGCCCGCACGCUCCUCGCUCGCGCUGAGCGACGUGACAUCGUCGACGUUUUUCUCGUCGUCGCCGCCCUGCGCCGACCGCACGCGCUUCGAUGGGAUGCCGGCCAUUGACGUCGCCGUCACCGUCGCUGCUCGGCGCGAACAGCGGCGGCGGCAGCAGCCCCGGCGUGCUGCCGAGCACGUGUCGGGCCGCUCGUUUAUGUCGAUCGACAGCUCCGACUCCGAGAACGAGGUAGACGGCCGCGCUGGCGAGCGCCAGCAGCAGCGGCAGCGGCAGCGUGAGGUUGCGAUGCAGCCCGCCGCAAACGACUCGCUCGUCUCGCUAGCCCAGUCGGUCGACAGCGACGUGGACCCCAGCCUGACGUCCGAUGAGCCGCACGACCUCGCUGGCGGCAGCCGCACUAGCUUCGGUGGCAAAGACGACGGCGAGACGUCGCUGCGCGCCCCGAGCAUCGUGAUCCGCACCGAGGACACUGAAUUUGACGGCUACCUGGAUCCCUUUCGCAACGAGUCGAUCGACUCGCGGUCCGAGUCGCGCUCGAUGCGCUCGCUGGCUGCGACCAUGGACAGCUCGGCGUCGAUCCGUCGGCCGCUGCUGCUGCCCACCGAAGGGGACGAGUCGGUGUUCACGGCCUGGUCGUCGCCGCGAUCCGGCGCCGUCGAGCCCGCAACGGCCCCGCUUGGCUCUGCGCCGCGCGGUCAGCGCCGCCCGUCUGCACCGAGGCAGCCGCUGCCCGAAGCGCCGCACGGCAGGGACGCCGCAGACGCGACUUUGCCGUCCGACGGCGGCGACGAGGAAGACGACGAGAGCGGGGCAGCCGCGCCCGGUGCCGGCGUGCGGAUGUCGAUGUCGUCGAGCAGCGUCGACCUCACCGCUCCGCGCGACAGCCUGGCGUCGUUUGAGGGCAUGACGGAGGCCGAGCGGGCGGCGCUGAUGCGCACGCGGCGGCUGUCGCGCUUCUUUGGGCGCACACCGCCGCCCGCUGGGCCGGCUCCCACCGCCAAAUCGCUGCCUCCCGUGCCCGGUGCGCGUGGCGGCGGCGGCGGCACAGGGCGACAUCGCGCAUCGACGGGCGCUGCGGCCGUGGCGCUCAAGUCGCUCGAGGAGGAGUCGAUGGAGUGCUCUGGCAUCGUGGCGUCGGCGCCGUCGUCGUCCAAGAAGUCGACCCUGUUUUCCGCGGGCGGUCGGUGGCGUUGA